CUACCGAGUUCGUGAGCUGGUUCACCCCGACCAUUGUCAAUGUGAAGUAAUUUGAACUCAUAUCGAACUAAAUAAAUCAACCGGCUUUCGAGAGGCAGAAGAAAAGGGGAUUUUUGAAUUAUUCUCAAAAUGACUGCAUUCGAAGAGUUUGGUUUGCUUCCGGAGCUGGGAAAGGCCACUGACGAAUUGGACUGGACUCUGCCCACCGACGUCCAGGCUGAGGCCAUUCCUCUGAUCUUGGGAGGCGGUGAUGUGCUGAUGGCCGCCGAAACUGGUUCCGGAAAAACAGGUGCCUUCUGCCUGCCCAUUCUGCAAAUCGUGUGGGAGACCUUGCGGGACUUGGAGGAGGGAAAGGCUGGCAAGGGCGGUGCAAUUGGAGGAGCUGUGUCCCCGUGGACCAUGUCCUUUUUCGACCGAGGAAACGCGCUUGCCGUCACUCCUGAUGGCAUGCGUUGCCAGUCGCGGGAGUUCAAGGAGUGGCACGGAUGUCGGGCCACCUCUGGCGUUCGCGGAAAGGGGAAGUUUUACUUUGAGGCCACGGUAACGGACGAGGGACUGUGUCGUGUGGGCUGGUCUACGCAGCAGGCAAACCUCGAUCUGGGCACCUGCCGCUUGGGCUUUGGAUUCGGUGGCACCGGAAAAAAGUCCAACAACCGCCAAUUUGACGACUACGGUGAGGCAUUCGGCAAGGCAGACGUCAUCGGCUGCCUGCUCGACUUGCAACGCCAGGAGGUGAGCUUCUCCAAGAAUGGGCACAACCUGGGCGUGGCGUUCCGCUUGCCGGAGAACCUUGCCAAGGAGACCUUCUUCCCGGCCGUGGUGCUUAAGAACGCGGAAAUGCAGUUCAACUUUGGAAAGACUGACUUUAAGUAUGCUCCGGCUAACGGGUUCGUAGGCGCUUGCCAGGCUGGACCCGAGCAUAGCAAGGCCAAUCCGCUGGCCAGUCCCACAGCUGGUGCAGUGUCCGCCAAGCUGGCGCCUAACGCCCCGCAGGCCAUCAUCAUCGAGCCCAGCAGAGAAUUGGCCGAGCAAACCUACAACCAAAUCGAGAAGUUUAAAUACCACCUGAGCAACACAGAGGUUCGCUCCCUGCUGCUUAUCGGUGGAGUGAGGUUGGAGGAGCAAAAGACGCAGCUGAUGCAGGGCACUCACAUAGUGGUGGGCACGCCCGGACGGCUGGAGGAGAUGAUCAACAGUGGCAUGGUCCUGCUCACCCACUGCCGCUUUUUUGUUCUGGAUGAGGCAGACGCACUUCUCAAGCAGGGUUACACCGAGUUGAUUGAACGUCUACACAAACAAAUACCCAAAAUCACCACGGAUGGUCGCCGUCUGCAGAUGGUUGUUUGCUCGGCCACGCUGCACGCAUUUGAAGUAAAGAAGAUGGCUGAGCGCUUGAUGCACUUUCCCACCUGGGUGGACCUGAAGGGGGAGGAUGCUGUCCCUGAGACGGUUCACCACGUCGUCUGUCUUGUGGAUCCGCAGGUGGACACUAGCUGGAAGUCGCUACGCCAACUUAUUAGCACUGACGGCGUUCACGACCGAGACAACGUUCAUCCGGGCAAUCAUUCCGAGGAGACGCUGUCCCAGGCAGUCAAGCUGCUCAAGGGCGAAUACUGUGUGCACGCUAUAGAGAAACACAAUAUGGAUCGGGCCAUUAUAUUCUGCCGCACCAAGCAAGACUGUGACAACUUGGAGAGAUAUCUCCGCCAGCGAGGCGGACAACGCUACUCGUGCGUCUGCCUUCAUGGUGACCGAAAACCGCAGGAGCGGAAACAAAACCUGGAAAUGUUUAAGCGGCAACAGGUCAAGUUCCUGAUUUGCACGGACGUGGCAGCUCGUGGUCUAGACAUUACUGGGCUGCCGUUCAUGAUUAAUGUGACGCUGCCCGAUGACAAGACCAAUUACGUUCAUCGCAUUGGACGUGUGGGAAGAGCGGAGCGCAUGGGGUUGGCUAUCAGUUUGGUGGCCACAGUUCCGGAGAAGGUUUGGUACCACGGCGAGUGGUGCAAGUCGCGCGGUCGUAACUGCAACAACACAAACUUAACCGACGUCCGAGGAUGCUGCAUCUGGUACAACGAACCAAACCUACUCGCCGAAGUUGAGGACCACUUGAACAUCACCAUCCAGCAGGUGGACAAGGCCAUGGAGGUGCCAGUUAAUGACUUCGACGGCAAGGUUGUGUACGGUCAAAAGAAUUUCAACACUGGCAGCAGCUACGAGGACCAUGUCGAGCAGCUGGUGCCUACUGUACGCAAACUGACGGACCUGGAGUUGCAAUCACAAUCUUUAUUCUUGAAACGUCUUAAGGUCUAAAGCGGAUCUGGAGCGACAUUUGUUUGCUAAGCAAGGAGGAUUGCAUUACCAACUCACGCGGAAAUACUUUAGCGGCACUGACACACACACUUGUAUAUGUAGGAAAUCGGAGCUCAAGCUCGGCCAUUAAGAAUAAACAUUCAAUUAAACUAA